AGUUGCAGAAUGGACUUCUGGACUCUGACCAUAAAAAUCAUUUUCUUGUCACAAACUACAAUUGGAAUUCUGGGAAAUUUCUCUCUUCUUUGCUACUACAUAUUCCACUAUGGAGAAUGCACAUUAAAACCCACAGAGUUGAUUCUCAUGAACCUAAUGGUAGCCAAUGCCUUGACCAUUCUCUCUGCAGGAGUGCCAAACACAAUUGCGGCUUUUGGUUUGAAGCAGUUUUUAAGUGAUUUUGGAUGCAGACUACUUUUGUACUUUCAACGAGUUGGCAGGAGUGUGUCCAUUGGCACCACCUGCCUCUUGAGUGUCUUCCAGGCCAUGACCAUCAGUCACAUGCAGUUCUUUUGUAAGGAUCCAAAAGUCAAAGCUCCAAAGUACAUUGGCUUCUCUAUUGCCCUUCUCUGGGUCUUUUACAUAUGGAUAAAUUUCAUUUACUUUGUGUACUUGUUUAUCAAAAGGAAUGUUAACAAUGAGACCAGAAAACGAGAUUUUGGAUACUGCUCCACUGCAGGGAGGGAUGAAAUCACUGACUUAUUCUAUGCUGCAUUGGGGGCAUGCCCUGAAAUCUUAUUUUCUUUGCUUAUGGCCUGGUCCUGUGGCUCCAUGGUUGUCAUUUUAUACAGACACAAGCAGAGGGUCCAAUAUAUCCAUAGCACCCAUGAUUGCAGAAGAACCUCCCCUGAGUCCAGAGCCAUCCGGAACAUCCUGGUCCUGGUAUUUACCUUUCUGGCUUUUUAUACUCUGUCCUCUAUCUUACAAGGUUGCAUAGCUCUUUUGUAUAAUCAUAGUUGGUGGCUGGUGAACAUUUCCAGCCUCACUUCUCUGUGUUUUCCCUCUUUUGCACCAUUGGUUCUUAUGAAUCAUUACUGCAGAUUACCUAGAUUCAGUUUGGCCAUGAUAAGGAAUACAAAUCACUCAUUCUUAUUUUAA